AUGGCCGACGAAGUCGAGCGGCUUGCCAUUGCGCCCUUCAGAGAAAUUGUCGAUAAAGGCAGGACUGCCGUUGAAAAUGCUCAGGGCACGAGCGAAGAUGUCUCGGCGCCCAUGCUCAAGGCGGCGCAAAACCUCGUUAAAGAAGGCGAGAGAGCAUUGAGGAGGAUCGAGCCGCUCUGCACCAAAAGCUACGACGAAUAUGGCGCAACCUUCAUUGACGCCAUCAAGGAGAACGACGAGAUUGCGCAGUAUCGAUCUGAACUGGAGGACCUGUUGUGGGACUUUGAUGACUUCAUCGAGGUUGACGAGUUCGAUGCCGCCAAGUUUGACGAGCUGCAGAAGUCUUCGCGGAAAGCUGCACCGAAGAUCGUUGAUAUACUGAAGCGGAUGAAGCUCGUUGCUACUGCUACUGCUCCGCCAUCGGUAUCAUCACAGCCCUCGAGAGCCGUGUCGACACCACCAGAUGAGUCGGCAGCGCACGCGCGCCAGGAACCAAGUGCAACAAGUAUAGUUCUCGACCCGCCGCCGUCGGCAACGGAUAGGCUGAUGGAAGAGGCAGAACGGCAACUGAGUAGCAUGAUGGGAGCAGUGGCCGGUCCGGACCCAGGUUUUGAGGGAGAAUGGGGACCGCAUUACCCGUCGCGGCCCACGAACCAUCUCGACAGAAGUACUUCACACCAUUCGGAUACCUCCGAGACACCCUCGGAGCCUCCACCUGAACCACCGUCCGCUGACCCUUGGCAAGUUGGCAGACCACCACCGACGGGCCGGAACGGGCACCCCGCUGCUGGGAAUAGAUGGGAGCGUCGCCCUCUACUAGCAGAAGACUCGCCGACUAUCCCUCAAACAUAUCCAGUCACUUCACACGGAGAGCCCACUGGUCCUCUGCGCCUUCGGAAAUUCGAUGAGGGAUACCACGACGACCCGGACCAGCGCAUGCGUGCUUCUUCGCAGAGCUUGGGAACGGACAGUAGUGAGGGCUCUCGAUCUCCGCUACAAAGUCACAGAUGGACGAACUCUACGCACAGCUCAAGCGAUUCAAUGCGACUUCCUGCCCAAGCUCAACGCUCACAUAGCGGAUUUCCCCGUUCCAACCGAUCUCCUUCGCAUAGCAACGAAAACCCGGGAUGGCCUGGGAAAACGCACGAUGCUCCAGCCAGCCAGGCACCCUCAGACACUUCAUCCGUACUGGACACUCCAUCGAUUCCCGAAAACAGCGCCGUCAACACUCAGGGGAACCUUAGCCCAAGAAGCAGUCUAUCAAACAACUCAAACUUCCCGUCGCGGACAGCCUCUGUGACCAAACAAAACUCACAUGUUCACUCAUCGAAACAGCCGUCAACGGAAUCCGUCAACAGUUCCGUUUUUGAUGUAGUUGAUUGCGCAAACCCAACCAGCCCCGUCACCCCAGGACACAGAAACUCGCUUCAGUCCACAACGUCUAGUACCCCCAGCAAUACAUACUCAACCAGCACACAGCCGCCGGCUUACCCGGGCCAUCCACCAGUAUAUGAGUAUUCUGGAGGAGGACCCAACAGAUCACCGGGCACAACGAUCCGGAACCAUUCUUCAUCCACUCUCACAGUUCAACCUAACAGGGAGUCAUUCCAGUACCAUCACGGGCCGGACGAAGGUUUGAUACCAGUCGACAUGGAGGAUCCAAUGUUUCGCGAACCCUCGAUGCCGUUGCGAGAGCCGGAUUGCGGCAUAGGGCCCUUCAGCUCUUUUUACAAGCUAAAGGGCUUCUGCAAAGGAGCCGAAGAGGCUAUGAGAGGUCAGCUCGGUUUCAAGAAAAUCAAGCGACCUGUCGGCGGGUUUUCGAUGGCACUGGUGGCUAAGUGCAAUCAUUGUUUGUAUGAGCUUGACUACAAAUCAGUAGAGCAGGAUAUGAACAACGAACCUGGUGCAAGUUUCACUGCGAACGGCAUUGGUUUCCGUCUGCGUGUACUCCAGAAGAGCCAUCUGCAAGUACGACACGUCGACGAGCAGAUGUACGGGUGCAUAUUCUGCGUCCAUGAAAAUCGGACCGUUGAAGAAAGCGAUGCCACCGUCUUCUUCAACCAGAGACAGCUUUUCGCCCACAUGGCGCGGCAUCCUCGCCCACUCCCCGAUAUAGCCGGUGUCACUAUUCUAAAGGAGCCGGAACUGACGCCGAACGCGAGGCACAAUUUCGACCUGCACUUCCCGCACCCAUCGGUCCAGAGCGUCAUGACUGGGCUCUCGCGGGAGAUCGCCCGGCUCCCGACGGCCGUGGCGACGGAGACCAGGAAGACGCAGAACGGGGUCAUGCGCACGCCGCCGGACCGGACACCCGUGCUGCAUUUCGCCUUGGGCGCCAAGAUCGUCGGCAUCGAGUUUCCGCUGAAGUACGAGGGCAAAUGGGGUAUCGGGUGGCAUGACGGGUUGCGUGCAGCCUUUGAGGUCGACGCAGUGCAGAUCGAUGCGCCUCCGAAAGGCGAGGUCAAGAUGCAAGGGACGAGUAAUGUACAGGCGGUGGCGCGCUGGAAAUGGAGCCAGAAGGGCGAUGAGCAGUGGCUGAAGUUCGACAAGGGGGAUGUCAUCAAGAACAUCGCAUGGGCUUAUGCAGACCACUGGUGCUGGUCGGGCACAACAGCCAAGGGCUGGGGCGUCUUCCCGCAGUCGCAUCUCGACCCAAACUCGAUCCGAACCACGCAGCCGGGCGACGCGUCUAGCGUCUCGAGCUGGGAGAAGAAGGGGCCGCUGUGGUUCUCGCUCCGCAAGAACAACAAUGCCGACCGUAAGCUCGCCUCUCCCGUGGUCGGGAACCCGCCUUCGUCGUUGAUCGCGUCCUCCUCGGCCACACGCCCCGUAUAG